UUUUUUGUUUAUUUUCAUGGCCAGCUAGCCAUUCAGAGCAUUGCUGUUACCUAACACUGCAUUAAUCGUCUUUAUCUACUCGGUUGCUGAGUGUGGGCUACUUUGAAUAAACUAAAUUUGCCUUGACACUCCUACUGAAAGCAAAGAGGAUACAUCUGGAAACUCUACCAAAUACUGACAUUUGUAAAGCAGGAUGUCAAUCACAAACACUCCCACGAGCAACGAUGCUUGCCUGAGCAUCGUGCACAGCCUCAUGUGCCACCGACAGGGAGGGGAGAGUGAAAGCUUUGCUAAGCGGGCCAUUGAGAGUCUCGUCAAAAAGCUGAAGGAGAAGAAAGAUGAGCUGGAUUCCCUCAUUACAGCCAUCACCACAAACGGAGCCCAUCCUAGCAAGUGUGUAACCAUUCAACGAACUUUGGAUGGACGCCUGCAGGUUGCAGGGCGUAAAGGUUUCCCCCAUGUUGUUUAUGCCAGACUGUGGCGAUGGCCAGAUCUACACAAGAACGAGCUAAAACAUGUGAAAUACUGUCAAUAUGCCUUUGACCUGAAAUGUGACAGUGUUUGUGUCAACCCAUACCACUACGAAAGGGUUGUUUCUCCAGGAAUUGACUUAUCAACACUGACCCUUUCAAAUUCAGGUACAAAGCUUUUUUUUUUCUUGACAAAAGUUUUGUGGACAUUCAUCAGUCUUAAUUAUGUCUGUCGUUUCCUGCUAGGUCCGCUUAUUGUAAAAGACGAGUUCGACUUUGAUAACCAGCAGUCUCACUCCAGCUCUGAAAACCACCUGCAGACCAUCCAGCAUCCUCCGUCGAGGCCGAUUCCACAGGAGCAGUUCACUAGCCCCCCUCUACUCCCCCCGUCAGAGGGCAGCAGCUCAGCUUCAUCUUCUGCUUUCUCAGCCAUUAGUGCUGGACCUUCAAAUCCAACCCCGAACUGGAGCAGAAACAGCAGCUUCCCCCCAGCGGUGCCUCAACACCAGAAUGGACAUCUACAGCAUCAUCCUCCAAUGCCUCCCACAGGCCAUUACUGGCCCGUUACCAAUGAAAUUGCAUUCCAGCCCCCCAUAUCCAAUCACCCUGCUCCAGAGUACUGGUGCUCCAUUGCAUACUUUGAGAUGGACGUCCAGGUCGGGGAGACAUUUAAGGUGCCAUCCACAUGUCCGGUAGUCACAGUGGAUGGUUAUGUGGAUCCUUCAGGGGGAGAUCGUUUCUGCUUGGGCCAGCUGAGUAACGUCCACAGGACAGAGAACAUAGAAAGAGCCAGGCUCCACAUUGGCAAAGGCGUGCAGCUAGAAUGCAAAGGUGAAGGAGACGUGUGGGUGCGUUGUCUGAGUGACCACGCAGUGUUUGUGCAGAGCUAUUAUCUGGACCGAGAGGCAGGGCGUGCACCAGGAGAUGCAGUUCAUAAGAUCUACCCCAGUGCUUACAUCAAGGUGUUUGACCUGCGUCAGUGCCACAGGCAGAUGCAGCAGCAGGCUGCGACGGCUCAAGCAGCAGCUGCAGCGCAGGCAGCCGCCGUGGCUGGGAACAUUCCAGGGCCCGGCUCCGUGGGAGGCAUCGCCCCCGCCAUCAGUUUGUCUGCUGCUGCAGGCAUCGGCGUUGAUGACCUGCGCAGGCUGUGCAUUCUGCGCAUGAGCUUCGUAAAGGGCUGGGGGCCAGACUACCCGCGACAGAGCAUUAAAGAGACGCCCUGCUGGAUCGAGAUCCAUUUGCACCGAGCCCUGCAACUACUGGAUGAAGUUCUGCACACCAUGCCCAUAGCUGACCCUCAACCUCUUGACUGAGUUAAAAUCCAAUGAACUGUACCAAAAACAAAAAAAGGUAACUACUUUGAACAGACCCCUUCACCUGUAGGCCCGAAGUGCCAGAGGAGGACUGUAAUUAAAUGAUGCUGUACAGGUUGUAGUUGUAAAGAGGACCUAAAGACUGGCAGUGUACUCCAUUUGUUUUAACCACUUGUUGAUUGAAGACUGAGCUAAACUCCAGAUUUGUUUAAAAAAACAAAAAAAACAAGAUGAGCAAUCAUGUCACACUGGGGGGAGUUGCAGUACUCUAGAAAUGUUUGACCAAGAUGAUGAAAAUGAAACAGGAAGUUUUUAACUUAUUGAAAUUAAUAAAAACAUGGAGUGGCUGGAACUGCAGUUUAAAAGGCAAUAAAAGUUCAACCAGACUUGAUGGUGUGAGAUGUUUAAAAAGUCAAACCAUUUAGCUUCUUGCCAGUAUGAGCAUUUUUUCUGUUCACAAUUUCAAAAUGUACAAAGUGUCCCAAAGUUACUUUUAAAAACUGAUAAAAGUACAUUUUGUAACUUAAGUGCCCCCGAUUGUGUCCACAUCCUAAAUGUACUUUUAGCUGGAGUGCACUGCCAGUCUGCUCCUCCUUUUGUGGCUUUUUUACCCAAAAGACUUCCUGUAAUAGAGGUUAUUUCCCCCUCACAGAUAAAGUAUGUUACUCAUGUUCUUGUCAGAUGUAAUCUUAAAAAGUUUUUAAUGCCAAGUCUUUUUUUAUUUUAAUAGUUUUAACACAAAAACUCAUGGAGCUCAAUGUUUCUUUAACAUGAGUCCCAUUUUUUUAUUUAUAUUUUUUA